UUAUAUUUUCAAUUUAAUAACUAUCUUAUAGCUUUGACAGAUUUUUUAUCUAUUUAAUUUGUUAGAUUUCCAAUAUAGUUUAUGAAACAAAAUCUUUGUGUUUGGAAUUCAAUAAGUUUGGUUGGCACAUUAUUAAUUCAUGUUAAACGAAGCUAUCAUAAGAAAAGAACAGCAUAAUAGUAGGGAUAUUUUCGUCUUUUACAAAGUCAACCUCAGAGAAGCUCCUUCCGUUCCUACAACCGCAAGUCAAAGGUUUGCAGAUGUUAUUAUAGAAGUAGUUAUGGUUGUAUCUGUCGUUCUUCUAUCUGAUGAACGAAGCCGUUGAAGCCAACACACAGACAGUGCACGGUAUAAAUGGAUAGACGACGUCGUAGACAGAGCAAGGCCAAAGCGUCGUGUUCCGAAGAGGUGAGUAGCAUAGAAUGGGAAGCUGUGAAGAUGACGGAGGAAGAAGAAGAUCUCAUUUCUCGGAUGUAUAAACUCGUCGGAGACAGGUGGGAAUUGAUAGCCGGAAGGAUUCCGGGACGGACGCCGGAGGAGAUAGAAAGAUAUUGGCUUAUGAAACACGGUGUCGUUUUUGCCAACCGACCAAGAGAUUUUGUUAGGAGAUGAUUUUAUUCGUUAUAAACGUAUUUUUCCUCGUUUUAAUUCACAAGACAAGAAAAAGGGAAAGUAGUUGUCCUUUGGAUUACUAUUUUGGA